ACGUUAUAUAUAUAGACAAUGGUGAACAAGAGAACCUGCAGGUCUCAGCUAAUAUAUUAGGUCACUGACUCUCUUGGUAAAAUUCGGCUAAAUGGACUGCGAGAGAAAAGGGGCGUGAGCUUGCAUUUACAUAGUUCCGUUCUGGGAGUAUAGAAGUAUUGUUAACGAACUCGGUGGAUAUAUGCAUAAGUAUUUAAAAUCAAUACUACGAUCUAUAGUGGGAACUACACUUGAAUUAGAAAAACAAACAGACGAUUGGUUCAUUUCUGGGUAAAAGGGUACCCUUUCCCUUAUAUGGAAGUUCAUGACCUAAUUUCACUACUAUUAUAAAUGAACGAUCAGCUGUUAGGCUGAAGUAUCCGACUGUUCACUCGAAAGCACUGCUCUUGCCUUAUCAGUUGUGUGUACUAUCGUAGCAUCAUGACAGAGGUUAUGACAAGCAUGGACCAUCAUUCGGACCCCUCCGCAGAUCCCAUCAUGGAUAUAAUUGCUGGGGGGACCCGCUACAAGAUAAUGAUGCAGUGUUUAGAGAUUGGUCUAUUCGACGAAAUUGAGUCCCUUGGCGAAACCUGCACGGCAGAAACCAUUGCCAAGAAAUGCGGAUAUGACGUUGCUGUGUUAGAGCGGUUGCUUAGUACUCUAGCAAGUUACAACCUUUUGCAGAAGGAUUGCAACAGGAAAGGUAUGCCUUCAUACAGGAACUCAUCAGGAACAUCAAAGUACCUGACCCGCUCUCGCAGACCUACCAUGAUCGGGCUCGCCAUGUCUGUCGAUGCCAUGAUCAUUCCGCUGCUGGAUAAUCUACCAAUACUUCUGAAAUCAGGUAAACCUAAACUUGAUAUGAACAAGAAUGUAACCGACAACGGCAAUAUAAUGAGUUCUUCACCGAACCAUCAAAAGACACCCAACAACAUCAUGGACAAAGAAAACAAUAUGGGGCCUGGCUCGCCCAUCAAACAGAACAUGCCCAGUAUGCCUCAUAUACCAAAAAUGCCAUGUAUGCCGAAAAUGCCCCCGAAUUCCACCAAAAUGCCCAUGGAGAAAAAUGGUAUGGACUAUCAGGCCAAAUUCGUGAUGGCCAUGGAAGGAUUCUCUGCAUCUUGUGCGGCAUCUGUUGUUAAGGCAUUUGACCUUAGCCAACACAGAUCUGCAGUAGAUCUUGGCGGUGGACCUGGUAGAAUCUCAUAUGAACUGGCCAAUACUUAUCCUCAUAUGAAGAUCACAGUGUUUGAUCUUCCUCCAGUAGUUCAAGUGGCACAGAAGAUGCAGCACCCAUGUUCACAAGGACAGGUCUUCUUCAAAGCUGGAAAUUUCUUCGAGGACGACUUACCAUCUGCUGACCUCUAUCUGUUGGGUCAUGUCAUUCAUGGUUUUGACUUGAAAGGGAUCGAUAGACUUCUGCAGAAAGUGUAUACGAAACUCCCCCCAGGUGGAUCAGUUCUAGUUAUGGAAAAGAUUCUAGCAGAAAAUCGAAUGGAACCAGAACUUGCCGUCACAAAUGACUUUGUGAUGACCCUUCUUUCACAAGGACAAGAGAGGACCUUAUCCGAUUAUCAGAGACUCUUUUCUAAGCAUGGUUUUGUCAAUCUGCAAUUCAAACACAUAGAUGGUCUAAAUUAUUAUGAUGUCAUGCUCUUGAAGAAACCGUUUUAACUUGACAUUAUUUGAGAAAAUCCAAUAAUUUGCAAUCAAAUGACUAUCAUGAGAUCUGUUCUGUGUACUUUCCAAUCUUAUGAUGUAGAGAUGAAAAUGAUGAAUCGUUCCAACUUUUCGGUCCUGUUUAUGCGGUUUAUCUUUAGAAAGAUUAAUAGACCUUACCUGUAUUAAUACUUCUUUCGAGUUGGUGUGUGCAUAAUUGUGACACCGAUUGCAUAGUGGGUGAAGCAUUGGAACAGAUUUUAAACCUUUAGCACCUUUGUUUCAAUGCCUAAGAGUACAGAUGUUUUGAACAGUCAUCUUGUCGGUUUUGCAGGGGUUGAAAUGUAAUAUGUUUUGUUACACAAGCUGAAUUUUUGUCAAGUGAUCUCAUGUCAAGGCAAUGUAACUUACAACUUUUUACAGUGCUAUAUAUUUUAUUACUGUAAGCAUGAUGAUAAUAUUGAAAUCUUAAUGGCGACAAAACACACACAGCAAGGUGUACGGUUUCCAAUCAUUACGUGAAGUGAUAUAUCUGUUGUCACGUGAUAUGAUUUUUGCGAUGCUGUCAGAAACUAUUGCACGGUGUUUUUGUUUUGGUCGUUGAUUUCGCAAAACAUGUAUGAAAUAGUUUCAAACACUUCCCUUCAUUUUUAUCAAUGGAUCUGUCUUCACCAAUUUCACAUGCAUUACUCGAGAUAAACCCCUUGCAAUGCCAGUUCCCAUGAAUCUCAAAAUCCUGAAUCAAAAUAAUUCUAUUUUUCUGAAGGGAUGUUCUUCAGAGUUACUCAUAUAUAGUUGAUCCAAUAUUUAUGACGUGUAGGUGAUCACGUGAUUUAUCUAUUUUGCACUAUAUGAUGAUGUGUUUACUAUUGUGAUAUUGUCUGUGUUAUAUAUUUUGAUCAAAUAUUGGCGUAGUUGUGUACAUAUUUAUUGACACCAAUUUCAAGAUGUGAUUUAUUUACACCGUAUCUCCUUGAUUAUUUAUACUCCUGUUAUUAUUAAUCAUGUUAUAUGUUUGAUGGACCAAUCUUAAAUGUUUUGAUUUUAACGUAGAUCGCUGUUUUGUUAACUAUUUAUAUAAUUAUUUGAUCUGUUUCAAUUCAUUGUUAUUACGAUGUAUAUAACAAUCAAUGGACUAAUAUCCGAAUAAAAUUAAUGAACUUUU